GGAGAGCACAACUAUAAAGAAUAAAAAUCAUUUAUUUGAUCCCUUUUAUAUAUACUUCAAUCAAUUGUAUAGUAUUGGAUAUUUAUAAGAGCUUCGAUCGGAUUAAUUAUAACCAUAUAUCAAUUGAAUUUGGUGUGAUUCUUAUAUUUAAAAUUUUUUGUGUCACAUAACACUCCCUAUAAUCAGUAUAUAUUACUAUUACUUAUAAAGGAGUGAAUAUUUUCAACAAGUAAAAUUGAUUGAUUGGAAUCAUUUUUAUCUUACUAAGAGAUUGGUCUAGCAAAAUCUGAAUUGAGUAUCAAUUUGAAAUUCUUAAGUUUAAACCUUGGAAGAAUUAUCUAUUUGAUUUGAGUGACCCUUUUACUAUUCUUGUGGGUGAUAAUAUAAGGAUGAAUAAGAAUUCGGUAAUGAUUCAUGACAUACAAGAAGACGAAAUAAUGGAUGUUGACCUUAUUUCCAAUGAGAUUGAGAAUGAGAUCAUCACCGUUGACGAUGUAGAUGAAGAUGAUGAAGUUAUUCAAGUCGAUGAAGACAUCGAAGCAGAAGAAGGAGACAAUGAAGACGAUGAAGAUGAAGAUGAACUUGAACUUGAUGAUGACGAUGACAUAGCAGAAGAUGAAGUAGAAGUCAUUGAAGCUGGAAUUAAGCGGAACAACCAAAAACCUGUGAAUGGUGGCAUACUGGAUAGAGUAAAUCCAAAAGCGAAUAACUUUAAAGAUUUGGCAAAACGUCUUAUGAAACCAAUUCCAGAUUACCCCAUAUUAGAGGAAACUUGGAAUGUGUGGGAAAUUAAGGAUUGGAAUAGUUUGAAGGAAGAUAAGGUUCGGGGUCCAACCUUCAAGUGUGGGAAUUAUGAAUGGAAUAUCCUUCUUUUCCCCAAUGGAAACAACAACAAUCAAUUGGCAGUCUAUCUCGAACCGCACCCAUUGAAUAAAGAUGACUCUGAUUGGUACGCCUGUGCCCAAUUCGGAUUGGAUAUUUGGAACCCGAAUCACCCUGAAUCCCAUAUUUCAAGUGGAUCAUAUCAUAGAUUUAAUCGGAAUGAAACCGAUUGGGGGUUCUCAAAUUUCCUUGACUUGAAAAGUUUAUAUUCACCAUCAUUCUUAAAGCAACAAUCACCACAUGUCACCAAUGCAAUUCUUGAAAACAAUAAAGUUAACAUCACUGCUUAUGUGAAAGUUAUCGAUGAUACUUCAACUGGUGUAUUAUGGCAUUCAUUUUUGGACUAUGAUUCCAAGGAAUCAUCUGGAUUCGUUGGGUUGAACAAUCAAGGUGCCACUUGUUACUUAAAUUCGCUUUUACAAUCAUAUUAUACUACCAAAAACUUCAGGAAACUUGUUUAUCAAAUUCCUACCGAAACUCAUAUCAAGGGGAAAUCAGUUCCCUUAUCACUUCAAAGGAUUUUUUAUCAACUUCAAAAUUCAAAUGAACCUGUAGGAACAUUAGAAUUAACAAAAUCGUUUGGUUGGGAUUCUAGCGACGCGUUUACACAACAUGAUGUUCAAGAAUUAAAUCGUAUUUUAAUGGAUAAAUUGGAAAGUGCUAUCAAAGGCACUCCAAUUGAAGGUGAACUUAACAAUAUUUUUGUUGGGAAAAUGAAAUCGUAUAUUAAAUGUGUUAAUGUACCAUAUGAAUCAUCCAGAGUGGAAGACUUUUGGGAUAUUCAAUUAAAUGUAAAAGGAUUUAAAACCUUGGAAGAGGCAUUUAAGAAUUACAUUGAAGUUGAAAUGUUGGAAGGUGAAAAUAAGUAUCAAGCUGGAGAUGAAUAUGGAUACCAAGAUGCUAAAAAGGGGGUUGUUUUUGAGUCAUUCCCACCGGUAUUACAUUUGCAAUUAAAAAGAUUUGAAUACGACUUCAUGAUUGAUGACUUAGUGAAGAUCGAUGACAAUUAUGAAUUUCCCGAUUCAAUUGAUUUAUCACCAUAUUUGGAUGAAGAACUCCCCACUAGUAUUAAACAAGAAAACUGGACUUACAAAUUGCAUGGGGUUUUAGUUCAUCAAGGAAGCAUUUCAAAUGGGCAUUAUUAUGCUCUUAUUAAACCUGGAGGCACGAAAAAUGAAUGGCUAAGAUUUGAUGAUGAUAAAGUAUGGAAAGUUACGCCUAAUCAAGUAUUUUAUGAAAAUUUUGGAGCAAAUGAAUGUUCUCCUGAAACUCUUGUUAAAAUGCAAAAAUCAGAACAGAAUGAAUACAUUAUGAGACGUACAACUUCAGCAUAUAUGUUGGUGUAUUACCGCGAAUCUGACUUAGCAACUGUUUUACCCGAUGAUAAUAACCUGAUUGAUGAGGUUAUCCCUGAACAUGUGCCAAGAAAAUUAAAUGCUGAAUUAGAAGAAAGGGCUAACAUCGAACGUGCGAAACAAGAAGCUCUCUAUUAUAUUAAUGUCAAAAUUACUACGAAUGAUAAUUUUAACAAUUAUAAUGCAUUUGAUUUAUUUCCAGAUUCUACCAAUGAGAAAUUUUAUGAACCAAGUUUGUAUGAUCCUAAAUCUAAUCCUUUGAUAAUGAAAGUUAAACGGGAGGAAUCAUUUAAGAUGUUUUACUUGCAAGUUGGAGUGCAAUUGAAGUAUAUAUCCGAGUCUGUUUUGAAAGAACCACUUGAAACUAUCAAUAUCAAGAAUCUUCCAUACAGAUUAAUUUCGAUGAACCAUCGCCAAAAUCAUACAAACCGUUCAGAUACACCUGUACCGGAUGAUUUGUUCGACAAUACAGUCGUGCAAGUAUUUUUGGAAUGUUUCAAUAGGAAAUAUGAUGAAAUGAGUUUCUAUGUCGAAGAAGCUAACAAAGAUUUACUCACUAUUGCCUCAAAAUUAUCCGAAGGAUUAAAGACACCCAAUGAAUUUAAUUUUAAGGAUGUGCUUCUGAAACUUUCAAGUAAUAAUGAACCAACUACUGAUGGAAAUGAAUUUUCAAAUAUUUUUGAACGUUCACCAAAUAUUUUAUUAUUUGUAAAAUAUUUUGAUCCAAUCACUGGUGAAGUUAGAGGAUUAACUCAUGCAAAUGUUUUAAAAGAUGAACCAAUUAAAUCAUUGAUUGACCCAAUCAAUAAAUUACUUGGAUUUGUCAAAGAUACCCGAUUGAUCAUAUUUGAAGAAUUGUCUCCUAACAAAUUAGAGGCCUUACAAGUUGACUCAACUUUUGAAAAGAAUGAACUUUCUAACGGAGAUAUUUUAUGUAUUCAACCAUAUGACUAUGACUCUACCGGAGUCAAAUAUGAUUCCUUAAAAUCUUAUUAUAAAUUUAUUUUGACCAGAUUUCAUGUGGCAGUGUCUCCAUUUUAUCCAAAUGAGGAUGAAGAGGACACUGAAUUUGUCAAGUCCGAUGAAGAUGCUACCAAGUUUGCCAAAGAUGGUACUCCGAUAGCAACUAACCCAACUUCUGGGAGUUCCUUCGACUUUUGGGUGUCCAUGCAAUCUAGUUAUAUUGAAUUUGCCACAGAGAUUGCUGAUAGAAUUGGUGGAGGUGUGGAUCCUGAAUAUUUAAGAAUUUUUGCCGUUAAUAAUCAAAGAAGAUUCCCAUUGAAGCGUUCAACUCCAAUUUCUCAAAUAUUUGGAAAAGCAGUCCUUGCUUCACAAAUUACUAAUUUUGAAUAUGAAAUAUUGAGCAUUCCUUUAGAAGAAUAUGAAAACAUGAAAUUAAUUAAAUUGAAUUGGUUAUCAAGUUUAAUUCAUUAUCAGACAUUUGAGUUUUUAGUCCCAAAAAAGAGUAUUGUUGGUGAAGAUUUAAUGACUAAAUUAUUACACAAGAUUGAUAUCAACCCAGAUCAUUUGGGAGAUAUUCUAGUUUGGUCUGGUAUUAAUCAUAAAUAUGUCGACUUGAUAAAGUUUGAUAGGGAGAUUAGUAGUAUUCCUGAUACAUUUGAUCUUUUCGCUGGAAUUUUCCCAGCUGAAGUUGAAACUUUAGUCAAUUAUGAUAUGCUUAAAAGAUUUGAUGGUCCAAAGGAAGAGUUGCCUUCUACAAAUGGUAGAUCAUCUCUUACUCCAGAGCUUGAAGAAACUCAUGGUUACGAAUUGCGUCAAGUGAAAUAUCAUAACCGUAAAUUAAAUGUGAUUCCUGGAUUCCAUUUCCAUAAGAAUUCAUCUUAUCAUCAUGGUAUUCCAUUCAUUUUCCCAGUAUUCCCAUCUGAAAAAUUCAGUGAUACAAAAGCUAGGUUACGGUCAAAGUUGGGUUUAGGUAUAAAGGAAUUUGAAAAAAUAAAGUUUGCCUUGGCCGAUAUCAAUGACAAGGGCCGUUAUAUUGACCAUGAAAAUGAUGAUUUCAUAUUAUACGAAGAGCUUAAAAAGCACACGGAACAACUUUCAUUGGCAUUAGAUCACCCUGAUAGAUCGCCUCGUAGGCAAUCUCAAUUUGAUAGAGGUAUUUCCAUAAAAUGAUUUCCAUUCCAUUGAUAGUUAUCUAAUUACAUAAAUGAAUAAUAUGAGGGUUUUUUGAUUAUUACUAUUAUUA